AUGAAAAUCAAGAUUGUUUAUAACAACGAGAUCCAUCUCUUCAAAUCAUAAAAUCCAACUCUCUCAGAUCUAAGAUCACACAUCUAAAAAAUAUUUCCAAACAUCGAUUUGAACUUUAAACUUACCUAUAACGACUAAGAAAAUGAUUAAAUCACUUUAAGUUGUUAAGAGGAUUUUUAAGUUCUUGUCGAUGAAGGAAUAUAAACUAUUAAGGUUUUUGUGAUAACCUCCUAAAUACCUAAAUCAGUUCCUCAAGAUAAAAUGGUUCAUCAAACUCAUACUUGUGAUGGAUGUUAAACAAGUCCAAUUAUAGGAUCAAGAUUCAAAUGUCUCGAAUGUCCUGACUAUGACUUAUGUGAAGAAUGUUAAGUCAAAAAUCUUCAUAAUCAUCAUCAAUUCUUUAAAAUUAGUACUUAAGAAGAAUUAGAUCAAUUCAGAAAAGAACAUAAGGCUAAAUUUUGUCAUUGGGAACAAAAAGGUUUUGGACAUCAUGAUCAUGGACCAUUUGGAUAAGUACCAUUUGGAAAUGAAGCUUCUAAACAAAUCAAAGAUUUUUUCCGAAAUCCUGCCUUUAAAGAUAUGAAACAAAAUGUUUGUUCAAUCGCUAAAGACAUCUUUAAAGUCAUAAAAACAGAGAUUGAAAAAAAUAAGAAUACUCAAUAAUAAUAGGAACAACCUUAAGAUGAGGAAUGUAAUGUUAAUGAUAAAUAAGAAACAAAUUAAGAGACCCAAUAAGAAAAAUAAUAAGAAGUAACAUAAUAAACAAUCUAAAAUGAUAAUACUAAUCAAGAAAAUAAUUGUAAGAUUUAACAAGAAGUUGAAGAGAAAAUUAGAACCUUGAUUUCACUUUUAUAAUGUGAUGAGAAACAAGCUAGAGAAUAUCUUGAAUGCUUCAAAGAAUAAUCAUUAGAUGAGAUUAUUGAUAUUAUAUUAGAAAAAAAUUGAUAAAAUGAUUAAUUAUUAAAUAAUUU